AUGGCACCUAAAGUCCUCGUCGUCCUCACUUCCUACGACAAGAUCGAAGCCACCGGUGACCCAACCGGCUGGUUCCUGCCCGAAUUCGCCCAUCCCUACGAUGUCCUCCAUGACAAAGUCUCCCUAACAGUCGCCUCCCCAAAAGGAGGCGAAGCCCCCCUAGAUCCAAGAUCAGUCAAGAUGUUCGAGGGAGACGAGGUAUCGCAAAAGUUCCUGAAAGAACAAAAAGCCCUAUGGACGAACACGUACAAGUUGGAGGAUAUGCUUCCGCGCGCGGGCGAGUUUGAUGCGAUUUUCUACGUCGGUGGUCAUGGACCAAUGUUCGACCUAACAAACGACCACAUCUCGCUCGCUCUAAUCCAAACCUUCGCAGCAGCCAACAAGCCCGUCGCAGCCGUCUGCCACGGUCCCUGCGUUCUACUGAACGCGACAGCACCCUCGGGCGUACCUCUUAUCUCAGGCGUUGGCGUGACCGGGUUCUCGAAUGCCGAGGAAGAUUCCGUGCAUCUGUCUUCUGCGAUGCCGUUUAUGCUUGAGACGGAGCUGGGUCGUGUUACGGGUGGGAAGUAUGUUAAGGCCGGGGAGCCUUGGGGGGAGAUGGUUGUUAUUGGGAAGGCUGCUGGGACGGGGUCGACUAUUAUUACAGGACAGAAUCCUGCGUCGGCGGCUGGGGUUGGGAAGGCGAUUUUGAAAGCUUUGGGGUUGUAG